AUGCGUCUGAACGAGCACACGAAGCUUAUUGGUGAGAAGAUAAUUUUGGUGUCAUAUCGUAAAUGUCACGUAGCUAAAUAUCACACCUGGAUGGAGGAUGAAGAAUUACGGCGACUGACAGCUUCUAAGCGUUUAUCACUGGAAGAGGAACAUGAAAUGCAGAUGAAAUGGCAUGAAGAUGACGAUAAGUGUACAUUUAUUAUUCUCGCCCGUGACUUAAUUGAUAGUGGUGCUGAUGAGAUUGCUAGUAUGGUGGGUGAUGUUAAUAUCUUUAUAAACAACAAUAUUGGCGAACUCACAACUAUGAUUGCGGAAUCUAAAUGGCGUCGUAAAGGUUUAGGUGAAGAGGCGGUUCGGAUAAUGUUAAUGUUUGCGUUCCGAGUGAUUGGGUUACAAACUUUUGAAGUAAAAAUUUCAAAAGACAAUGUUGGUAGUUUGAAGCUUUUCCAAAAGAUCGGCUUUGUUGUAACUUCAGAAUGUAGUAAAUUUAAUGAAUAUACGUUAUCAAUUAGUAUGGAACAUAUCCUUGAAGCUAUUGCUCAUUUGGAAGUAACUCAUUUGGAAGAAGAAAUAGAUGUUAGUGAAUAA